AAAUAAAUCGAAAAAAAAAAAGAAGAAACAAAAAUAAUCUGACUCAGAAUACACACCCCCUUCUCUCUCUUUCUUUCUUUGUUCUGCUGCUUCAAACUUCAAAGACCGAAAAAAGGAACACUCCCAAGAAAAAUAGUGGCGGUUCUGUCUUCAUUCACCCAAGAAGCUGCACACUGAAAACACCAUUUUUCCAUUUGGAGCAACAACGCCACCACCUCUAACUGCUGCUCAUUUUUUCUACACUGGAAAAGAAAAAGAACAAAUAUCAAAUAAAAUAAGAACCGACCCGAGCUUCUUUUUUUUCAAAGAAGGAGACGCGAGCACACUGUUAUCUUGUCUCCUCCAUGAGGAAAAAAAGAGGAACCAAGUGCCUACCUUUGUAACAGUAUCCGUUUUUCAGUUACAAGGUUGUUUUAGUUUCUCAAGUCCAUUUGCUCCUUUUUCUUCUGAGUUUGGUUCUUGCUGAGAUCCGGUGCCUUGUUGGAUUCGUUCUCUCUUGUGGCUGAGAUCUGUUUGGUUUCGGAGUUCCUGAGGUUGUUUGGUUUUUGAGCUUGUUGCCGAAUUUGGAGCCGUGGAAGAUACUAGUGGUGCUGGUUAGUUGCUUUUGGAGCUGGAAAAAUACGUUUGUAUGAUGAAGUGUUUGGUUCAAGAUUGGAACUUUGGGUGGUGGGGAUUGAGUAGGAUUGGAAGGGAAUGAAGAGUGAAAGUAAAAAAGUUAUCUUUUGCAGUGAAACUGGUUUUGGUUGAAGGGUUGGAAGUGUGGGAAUCUUUUGGGUCUACUUAGCAUUUCUCGUUAAUGGCUGAGGCAAUUCAUUGUCUGGUUGUUCAGUUUUUGUUCAGAUUUGGAAUGAGUUUUGGUUGGUGAAAGGGGAGAUUAAGGUAAGAAGAAUGAGAUUUUGCAGCGGGAAGGGAGAGAAGAAAAGGAUUUUUCUGUGGUCUGAGGUUCUUCUUUUUUGAAAUUUUGCUGAAAAUGAAGCUUUCUUCAGCUGAUUUUUGUCCUCCACCCCCGGAAGGAGAAAAGCGCGUUUUGGAUUCAGAACUUUGGCAUGCAUGUGCUGGUCCCCUUGUUUCUUUACCAAUUGUUGGAAGCCGAGUUGUGUACUUUCCACAAGGUCACAGUGAACAGGUUGCUGUAUCAACCAACAGGGAAGUGGAUGCCCAAAUUCCUAACUAUCCAAGCUUGCCUCCCCAACUUAUCUGUCAACUUCAUAAUGUGACUAUGCAUGCUGAUAUUGAGACAGAUGAAGUAUAUGCACAAAUGACCUUGCAACCUCUGAAUCCUCAAGAGCAAAAGGAGGCAUACCUUCCAGCAGAGUUGGGCACUCCAAGUAAACAGCCUACAAACUACUUUUGCAAAACUUUGACAGCCAGUGACACAAGCACGCAUGGAGGGUUCUCUGUUCCUCGCCGUGCAGCUGAAAAAGUGUUUCCUCCUUUGGACUUCACCCAACAGCCUCCUGCUCAAGAGUUAAUUGCAAGGGAUUUGCAUGGUAAUGAAUGGAAAUUCAGACAUAUCUUUCGCGGCCAACCCAAAAGGCAUCUAUUGACAACGGGAUGGAGUGUCUUCGUGAGUGCUAAAAGACUUGUUGCUGGUGAUGCUGUGCUGUUUAUCUGGAAUGAAAAGAAUCAAUUGCUUCUUGGCAUUCGCCGUGCUAAUCGGCCACAACCUGUGAUGCCUUCCUCAGUUUUGUCUAGUGAUAGCAUGCACUUGGGGCUUCUUGCUGCUGCAGCUCAUGCAGCUGCAACCAAUAGUCGAUUCACCAUUUUCUAUAACCCACGUGCUUGCCCAUCAGACUUUGUCAUACCCUUGGCAAAGUAUGUUAAAGCUGUGUAUCAUACUCGAGUCUCAGUUGGCAUGCGCUUCAGAAUGCUGUUUGAAACAGAGGAAUCUAGUGUGCGGCGAUACAUGGGCACCAUAACUGGUAUUAGUGACUUGGAUCCUGUUCGAUGGCAAAAUUCACAUUGGCGUUCGGUCAAGGUUGGCUGGGAUGAGUCUACUGCUGGAGAGAAGCAACCUCGAGUGUCUCUAUGGGAAAUUGAGCCCUUAACAACAUUUCCUAUGUAUCCAUCUCCGUUUCCUCUUAGGCUUAAAAGACCAUGGCCUUCAGGACUUCCUUCUUUCUAUGGCAUGAAGGAGGAUGAUUUCGGCAUAAAUUCUUCACUAAUGUGGCUUAGAGAUGCUGAUAGAGGGCUACAGUCUCUUAAUUUUCAGGGUACCGGUGUAAGUCCUUGGAUGCAGCCAAGGCUUGAUCCCUCCAUGUUGAAUUUGCAAACAGAUCUGUACCAAGCUAUGGCUGCCACUGCGCUUCAGGAUAUGAGGACUUUAGACCCUACCAAACAGCAUCCAACUUCCUUAAUUCAGUUUCAGCAACCCCAGAACUUCCCUAACCGGACGGGUGCUUUAAUGCAGACACCAAUGUUGCAGCCCUCUCAACAUCAGCAGGCCUUCCCAAAUAAUCAAGAAAUUCAGCAUCCAUCUCAAUCUCAGGUUCAAAUUCAAAAUCAUCUUCAGCAGCAUCUACAGAAUCAGCACUUAUUCAACAAUCAGAGUCAUCAGCAGCAGCAACCACAGCUUCAACAGCAGCAGCAGCAGCAGCACCACCAACAACAAAUGGUAGAUCAUCAGGAGAUUCCAAAUGUGGUCUCUACAAUGUCUCAGUUCGUUUCCACUCCGCAGUCUCAGUCGUUACCCAUGCAGGCUAUCUCUUCACUGUGCCAUCAGCAAAGUUUUACUGAUUCAAAUGGUACUGCUGCUGUUUCUCCGCUACACAGUAUCUUGGGUUCAUUUCCCCAGGAUGAAACAUCCCACCUUGUGAACCUUGCUAGAACUUCCUCUUGGGUUCCUGUUCAAUCUUCAUCUGCAUGGCCCUCAAAGCGUGUUGCAGUGGAUCCUCUUGUUUCUUCUGAAGCUUCUCAAUGUGUUCUGCCUCAGGUGGAUCAGUUGGGGCAGGCACAUAGCACCAUGUCUCAGAAUGCUAUUUCGUUGCCACCAGUUCCUGGUAGGGAGUACAGUGUAGAAGGGAGCACUGAUCCACAAAACCAUAUUUUGUUUGGUGUGAAUAUAGAAAACUCUUCUUCGCUACUAAUGCAUCAUGGAAUGUCAAGCCUUAAGGGGGUUGGCAGCAACACUCAUUCAUCAACCGUACCUAUUCAAUCUUCUAAUUACCUGAAUACAGUAGGCACUGAUUCUUCACUGAAUCAAGGAAUGACACACAGCAAUGGUGAAUCGGGCUUCCUUCAGCCUCCAGAAGAUGGGGGCCGAGGAAACCCGCCAAAUAAAAAGACCUUUGUGAAGGUUUAUAAAUCAGGGACCUUUGGAAGAUCAUUGGAUAUAACUAGAUUUACCAACUACCAUGAGCUGCGCAGCGAGCUUGCUCGUAUGUUCGGCCUUGAAGGUGAGUUGGAGGACCCUUUGAGAUCAGGCUGGCAGCUUGUAGUUGUGGACCGAGAGAAUGACGUUCUUCUCCUCGGUGAUGACCCAUGGCCGGAAUUUGUAAAUAGUGUAUGGUGCAUCAAGAUACUUUCCCCUCGGGAGGUGCAGCAAAUGGCCAACAAUGGCAUCUGUGAUGACUUACCAGGACAUGAUGACCCAAGAAAUUUAGACUUCUGAAUGAUGUGAUAGUCACCAUGAACAACUUCUCUCUCUUGUAUUAUUACCAUUCCUUCUCAACCUUUUAACAAUGGUGAGAGGUACUCUUAGUUGUUGUAGUCUAGCUUAAUUCCAAGCCUUUUGCUUUUGUUUUUAUUUUGGUGUUUGUUGCUGCUUAGGGACCAAUUCAUAAUCUAAAACACUGUAACUAUAUAUAUGACAUAUCCUCAUUGUGCUACCCUUCAUCAUAUUAUUACUUACCCUGUUAGGAAUAUGGAUUUAAGAUACUAUAUUCUAUAUGCCAUAUAUUAUCACAACAUUAUCUUC